AUGGUCGUGCUCAGGAGGGGUCUACCGGAUGGAAGACCCUCCGGUGAGGGUUAUAAAAGCCCUCAACUUUCAUGGAACACUCAUCCCAAUUUCUUUACCCAACAAGCAUUUCUUCUUGUCCACUUCUUCUUCGAGACUUCUCUCCUUGUCACAAUGGCGACCCAUCACUAUCAAUCUCCUGCUCUUCCCAUGAGCGUUCCCUCGAAGACCCCUGGCCCCGCCAGCCUCUACCCCAUCAGUCGAGUUUCGGGUUCUCCCCCAGAUCUUUCCGAUGCCAGCACCACCACUGGAAGCCGUACCUCUGGAGGGUUCAGCUACAGCUCUGGAAGUGCUGGCGGUGACUAUGAAUCCAGCUCAGGUUCCUUUUCGAGCGUGGAUGUUGUCGACGUUCUCAAUGACCGUUUGCAAAAUGCCUUUGACCCAACACCAUUGGAUAAAGACCUCGCAAUGCAGGCACAAGCCUCCGGUCAAUUGAACGCGAAGCAACGCGAGCUGCUUGAACUCCAAGCUCUCGCUCAGAGGCGCUUGAAGGGUGUGCGCACAAGCUUUGCGGACGGAAUCAAGGUCGCUCGUGAAACAAAGCGCGAUCUGGAAUGGACUCAGAAACGUGUCAACACCCUGAAGACGAAGGCCCAGAGCAUUCACCCCGACGAGUACCGGCGAGCAUCGAAGAAGUACACAUUCGACGACAACUAA